UGUGUCCUCCUGCAGACCAUGGCUUUGCUAUCACUGAUCUUCGUGCUUGUGCAAAGCCUGAUCCAGUACCCCCAGCCGGCUGGAGAUGGGCUGGAUGAGGCUACGCACCAGCGUAUGCAGGAGCGUCAGGAGCUGCUGGACCAGGAGAUGGCUCGGCUGCUGCAGGAGCUGGAGCAGGGGCCCCUGGACGAGGGCUGGGCAGCCGUGCUCUUUGGUGCUCUGCAGCAGUGGCCAUUCUGGGCUCUUGCUGGAGUCCUGCUCCUCUUGGGCCUGUGCUUUAGCUGCAGGAGAAGGAGCCGUGAGGCCAGCAGCAGCGGCAAGGACCAGAGCUCCUGCAACGACUUUGGACACGACGAGAGUGGAACACAACAGGAAGAAGACAGUCCUUAUUCGGAGGAAGGCGAAGAAAACACUGAUGUAACUGUGGAGGCUGACAACAACGGGAGCGGAAGUGACAGAGAAGGCAGUCCCGUGGCUGCAGAUGAAGGAGACGAUGACGUCAUUGAAGGGAAUUGUGACAUCAAGGUGGAGGAAGACAGCGAUGUUUACAAUGACAAUGGCCAUGAGUUAAAGAAGGAUGAACGAUGGAAUGAUGGGAAUGUGCCAGGAGAUAACACCACUGAUGAAACUGAAGAAGAACCUGGCAACAUUGCAGAAAAGGCCGAAGAGGUGGAUGAUCGAGAUGAAGGAGAAAACAAGGAUGUACAGGUGGAGGAAGACAAUGAUGUUUACAAUGACAAUGGCCACGAGUUAAAGAAAGAUGAUGGAUGGAAUGAUGGGAAUGUGCUAGGAGAUAAUACUGAUGAAGAAACUGAAGAAGAACCUGGCAACGUUGCAGAAAAGGCAGAAGAGGUGGAUGAAGCAGAUGAGGGAGAAAACAAGGAUUUACAGGUGGAGCAAGACAAGGACGCUGGAAAGGAAGAAGAAGAUGGAAAUGAAGAAAACACCAAUGGCGCAAAUAUGAAGGCAGGCAACCCUGAUGAUGUAAAUGAAGGUGAGGACAACGUAAAUGGACAGGAAGUAUACACGGAUGUGAAGGUGCAGGAAAGCAGUGAUGCCAGUGAAGAGAAAAGCAGGGAUUGCACUGGGCAGGAAGAUAGUGGUGAACGUGGGAAUGAAGAAGCCCAUAGUUCCUUUGCUGAAACUGAGGAAGAAAAGAACGAAGUUAUAGAAGAAGAUGAAAGUGAUAGAAACAAGGUUGAAGAGCAAUGUGAUACAAAUGUGGAGGAAAACAAGAAGGAGGAUAGAAAAGAAGAUGAACAAGGUAACGUGGCUGCCAGUGAAAAAGAAGACAGUGACGGUGACAAGGAAGAAAGCAGCAGUGCUGGAACAGAAGAUGGAGAAGACACCCAAGAUGCUGGGAAUGGUGGAACAGAAGACGGAGAAGACACCCAAGAUGCUGGGAAUGAGGGAGCCAUCCUUUUUGUGGAUCACAUAGAGUGGCCUGUGGAGGAGCUGGAGCAAGGUUGCUCAGUGACAGCUGAGCUGAUGGAGAGUUUCACGCGUGUCUUUGUGGACAGCGUGAGCAAUAGCUUCUACCCAGUGCCUCAAGAAGCCAUUGGAGUGGGCAGUGCCUUUGAGGGUUGGAGUCCCCGCGAGUGGGAUGGCGUGUACCGUGUGCUGGUCCCGCUGAAUCCCCCGCCAGGCCAUGCCUUCCACCUAGAACUGAACAGUGCGGGGCAGAUGGCAGCAAGGACCUUCAGCGUCCGCGUGGAGCUGGUGUGCACAUGCGAGAGGGAGCAGCUGGGCGAGAAGCUGUUGUGCUUCCUGCACCACUCGCAGGAGGAGCUGUGGCGGAAGCAGAAGCGCAGCCUCCUAGAGACACUCUGCACCGGCUCCUACCUGGACGUGGAGAAGACCUCCCACUGGUUCCACCAGCUGGUGAGAUGCUCCUGGCUGCACGUGCCUCAGUCCUACUCAUGGCACUUGGUGUUUCAGCCCUGCAGCCGGUCCUGCCAAUUCCAGCUUACCAAAGGCAAGAAGAGCCUGAUGGUGGAGAUGCUCUUUGGAGUGCGCCAAGGGGACUCCGACAUCUUUGUCAUCAGCCAGCCCACAGAGCCCCAGAAAGGUGGCCCCAUCAACUUUAUGAGCAGUCAGCCUGCCGAGGCCAAGCUCAUCACAAGCACAGCGUGGCCUGAGACGUACGCUGUGGCAGAGGCGAAAUUCUUCCAGCACAUCGCCAGGCAGCUGCCCUGUCACAGCUUGCACCUGAAAUGCCUGCAGGUCUUCACCUGCAUCCUGAGGGGCACAGGGUUUUCCAGCUACACCUGGAAGACGGUGGUCAUGCACGUGCUGACCACAGUACCGCUGUCCCAGUGGCGCAGGAGGGAAUUUGAACGGCGGCUGUGGGACGUCAUGGCCUACCUGCACCGCUGCCUGCAGUUGAAACGCCUGGAGCACUUUGUGCAAGGCAGUGAGAGGCUUCCUGCAGAGAUCAGCGUGUCGCCAGCAACACAAAGGGUUGAGCCGCUCAACCUCUUCGAGCACCUGGCCCGAGAUCCAGCCACCCACAGAGUGGUGAUGCAAACAUAUGGCCAGCUGCGAUUUCGCCUCUGGACGAUGCUCUCCAGCCACUGAGAGGCGUUCCCUGCACAGAGCUGUGCUGGGGAUCACAUCCGAUGGCAGCCACGUGAACUCUGCACAAUUGUUUCCCUCGUCACUGGCAGUCCUGAAGCUGCUUUCCUGCUCCUGCGGAAGGAAGACGCUGCAGCUCAUGACUUCAUUGUGCAGACACAUCUUGCUGUGGCCUUGUCCUGCACCUUCUAGUUACAACGGUGGCCAACUCUUUGAGGCAAAACCUGGCUCCACCUGCACAUCCUUCCUCGUGGAAGACUCAGAAGCCGAUAGAGGUUGCUUGGAACACCUCGAAGACAGCAACCUCUUAUCAUCUUAAUGUAGUUGUUUAGUUGUAGCUGUAAUUUUAGUUGUAGUUGUAGAUGUUGUUGUAGCUGUAGCUUUUGUUAUAGUUGUAACUGUAAUUGUAGCUUUAUUUGUAGUUGUAAACUGUAGCUUUAAUUAGACUUAUUUAUUAGCGUUCCUUCCAGAGCCCCUUUAGUGUAGUCAGUUUGGUAAAAUUACCCUUAGUUUUGUAAAAAUUACCCUUUUGUAGUGACCUGUCUCUUUUCAAAUGUAUCCAUGUUUGAAAAAUUAAUAAAAAGAGAUGUUUCUCAAA